GCUCAUUCUAUCGCUCGAAGAGCCCUGAAGAUGGUUGAAGCAAUGGUCUCAGGGCCUCCAUGGCUGCUGAAUAUUAUUGAUGUAAGCAUUGAUGCUAACAGUGGACUUGUUGAUAUGCCCGGUUAAUGUUCUGAAAGUUUAUUAAUGAAAGUUUCUUCCAAUCAAAAAAAAAAAGAUGACAAGUUUUGCAACGCAGAAGCGCCAUCCUCGGAUCGCAUAAUAUCGAAUUGAAGGCUUUUUUCAGACCUCAGUCAGCUCUCCAAAUCGGAAGGGGGUGGUUGACCUAAUUACUGGAUUACGAUGGCCCCUGAUAUUGCUAUAGUCGACCAGGGCAUGUCUGUACUACAUGGUCGGACGCUCGCUCUUGACCGGAUGUUGUUGGAGUUCAACUCUGUCAUAACUUCUAUUCUAGAGGAGAAGAACUUAAGCGUUAACAUCACAGAGGCCCUCUUGGCAAUGCAGAGCAAUCUGGCUCUGAUUCGAGCUGAGUCGGUGUCCAAGAUCCGAGAAUCAGUCUCGCUAAUGUAUGGAUCUUUUAUACAUUCGCGAGAGCAGGCCCAUCAAGUUUUUGUGGAGCAGAUGCAAGUUGUUGGUGUCGCAGUUAGGGUAAUUCAAGAUCUGCGACCUGACUUCGACCAUGGUUAUCAUGCUAUAUCUGCAGGGCCAAUCAGUGGUGGAGCAGCCACAGCAGUACGCAAAGCAUUGGAUCGUUUGGACUCUGCGCUGCGCCUGACUCUAGCUGUGAGGGACAAAAUCCUCACUAAUAUGUCUGCUUGGCUGGAAUUGCCAGAACCAUCAUCUGAUGGGUUCGCUUUGCGGCAAAAGAAAUAUGGGGGUCGCCAGAGUAGUCACCAUGAUGAAUUGGAUUUGGAUUUAGGGCGGCUUAGGCCCCCCCUCAAUGGCACUGGGAAUGGUCAUGUUGAUGGCGGUGAUGGGCAAGAUUAAGCUGGCAAGAGUGUAGAAAAUGCUACAUGCGGAGCUCAAGUUGUUGUUGGCCACGGAGUCUGGUCUAUGAAACUAUAUCGUAGUAUGACUAAUAACUAGCAUUUCUGUGUGAAAUUUUCGGUCUCUUGUGUUUUCUUAAGUCUAUGACUGUGGAGGAGAUAACUUAUUAUCUUUGUUCUUUUUUAUUGAAUAAGAGAUGACUUAUAUAUUAGCCAAGCAGAGACAACCAUUUUAUA